UCCUCAGGAAAUCACAUUUCUUGUGACAACAGAUGUUUUUACAAGCUUCAUUUCUACUUUACAUGUUCUUUUUGACCAUGUUCUCAGAGACCUCUGAAAAUCUCUAAAUAAUUCUUGAAAAUCAUCAGCUAAAUGCGAUCAUAGGAUACACUGUGGUGAAAGCUCAGGCUGCAUGUCUUCUUAACAGGUAUACAGUACUUGUGGUGUCUCAGCUAUCAAGAUGACAGAGUCUGCUAAUCUAAGAAAUGAACUUCCAGACCUAGGAGUGCCUUUUUUGUACUGGGACCGGAAUGAAAAUGAGAAAAAAUCAUAUACUGUUGAAACUCCAUAUGGUUUCCAAUUGGACUUAGAUUUUUUGAAAUAUGUUGAAGAUAUUCAGAGUGGUCAAACCUUGAAGAAACUGCAAGUCAAUCGAAAACCAAGGGUGCCACGCCGUUCCACAUCAUCUUUAAAAAGUCUGUCAAGCCAAACAGAUGCAUGGGUUUCAACUGAAUCUUUGGACCUUAGUGAAGAUGGAACUUCAGAUUCUGUAUUUUUCACAGGUGGUAGAACAGAAACAAAUUCCUCACACACUAAAGAAACUUUGGCCUAUAGAAAGUCCAACCCAUUAUCUCCAAUGUCAAUUUUUAAACUGCUUCCACCGCCACCAGCAAAAACUAUUGUAAAAAAUUCACGAGUUGAAAAAACACUAGAGGAGACUAGCAGAAGACUUCAACAAGAACAUCUAAAUCUAUCCUAUGUAGGCAUACAAGAUAGAUCUUGCCAGCCUUCCAAUCUUUCUAAACUUAGCAAUGCUAGUAGAAGUUCACCAAACCUUUCCCAAACAUCAUUAACUGUGUAUCAGAACAAAAGUGGAGAAACUCAUACCAUAUCAAAUCAAUGUUUCACAGGUUCUGUGAAAAUAAGCCCUAUACAUUCUGGUAGAAGUACCCCUUCUGCAAACCUUUCUUCAGCUCACCUUCAAUAUAUUCGUGAGCAGAUGGCUGCUUCAUUAAAGCGGCUGAAAGAUCUGGAAGAACAAGUAAAGAUUAUUCCUGCAUUACAGAUGAAGAUUUCAAUUCUGGAAAGAGAGAACAAGCAGCUGAAUUAUGAUUUGGAGAAACAAAAGACCAGCACAGUUAAUAAUGGACAAGCAAGUGUCACUGAUUCUACAUUGAAUGAAAUGGACAGAAAUAGUAGCGACAGGAAAGUAGAAGUACAGUCUAAGCAGAAAAGUGAUUCAGAACCUACAGUAUAUAAGAUGAGUAAAAUAGCCAAGCUGAAAAGACUCACAGAGAAACUAAGUGAUCCAGAAAGGAAUUUAGGCAGCAGGAAAAUGGCAGGUGAAAAACUGUGUGGUUACUACCCAGCAGUGAUAGAAAAGACUCGCAAGUCAGUUGCAGUUGGGGAAGAUGUUAGCAUGGCAGAUAGUGUGUUUUAUUACAGAUCAAGGCAAGAGAACAAAGAUCUUGCAGUCCAAGCCUCCCCUGAAACCAAAGAUGUGGGCGAAUGGGUUAUGGAAUCUUUAUUGGGAUUAUCUUCUGAAGUAGAGAAGGAGAUACAGCUUCUUCAGCAUACAGUAGAACAUCAGAGGGCAGUUAUUAGUAUGCUUGAAGAUCAUGUAAAGGCAGCAUCCGAUGAACUAGAGGAGCUGAGGAUAGCUGUUGCCUCUAGACAAGCUAUCGGUAUUAUGGAAAAAGACUUGACACUUCUAGCAAAUCCUGUGGAAUCAUUAGUAGACGUAUAUGUGCCACCUGACAGGAAAUUACCUGAAGAUGGUUUGAAAAUGGCAGAAACAGGUAUAAUUUGCUCAUAUACAUCUUUCUUUGACAGAUUUGAUGUUACAGAUGCAAUUAUACCUGCAAACAUUCUAAAUUCUAAUGUAGAAAAUCUACCCGGAAACAUUAAGGAAGAAUUAGAAGAGGUAAGUCAACUGAGUACCAAACAGAAACAGUCAGAAUUGUCAGAGGAACUAAUUACAGUUAUUAAGAGUAACGAUAUCAAAAGCCCUAUAGUUCCAUGUGACAAGAAUGAAGAUAAAGGUUUGGUACACAUAGAAAGAGAGCUCAACGCAUCUUCAGAAUCAAAGGACAAACAGUUAAUAACUGAAACCUCACUGUAUAUAAUAGAUGGCGCAGAUGGUGGCAAUGAAGAAAAAGAUGAUCUAGAGGGAAGGAUGAGUUUGCAAACAUUAGGUAUGCUGGUCACUGGUUGUACACAAGUCCUAGCAAGCUAAAUCUGCAAACUGCUGAAAACAUUGAUAGGAAGGUCUGACAGUAUGGGUUAAAGGAACAACUACUCCCUUGUCUGAUCGGACAUUGCCACAUUAUCUCAUGUAUAUUUCUAAAUGCACAUUGAAAUGGCAGUAUGCUUAUUACUGGUGUAGUAAGAAGUCCCAGGAUCUAUGAAAGUGUCUAAAAGAGUAACCGUAUUUUUUAUUCAGCAUACAAAUGCUCCGGUACAUACAGGCUGGGGCGGCACGCAUAUCAAACACACAUGUGGGCCGCCCCAACCUGUAUGUACCGGAACAUUUGUAUGCUGAAUAAAGGAGUAUUUUCAUCUACAGUGGUGAGUGCUGCCCAUUCUAUUUUCUCCUUUUGCCUCUGAUGAUCUGCUUGUUUGGCUGGAGCACCGCCACACUGUGUAUGGACGUAUAGGUGCGGUGGACCUUUGUCUAUUGUUAGUGUGAUGUAUGGGAGCCUGGGCAGUGCCGCCUAUCAUUUUUCUUUUAUAUUGUAACUGUAAUUUUUGCCCAGGCAACCAAAGUGAAGCUUUCUUAAUCUGCUCUCCAAAGUUAAAAAAAUAUUUCUGUAAUGGUAUUUAUUGGAAUAAUACUGUAUCUUUGCUCCAUGUGUACUGCUUUUCAAACAGUCUUGUGAUUACUAUGUCUUGUUGAUUUUGUGGAAAUUUAAUAAAGCCUUGCAGCAUUACAGAGCUAGA